AUGGACUGCUACUCGGCGCCGAUCGACACGCACAACGCCGCGGCCGAGGAAGCCGCCCUGCCGAGGAGGAUGCCUUCGGCCCCGGAGGCAUCCUCGUCCGGCCUCGGCCUGCAGAGGAUGCGCGGCUACGUGACCCUGUCGCUGAGGACGCCCGAUCAGGAGCCCGCGGCCGUGUCGCUCUCGCUCUCGCUCAACACCACGCCUCCGCCGGGUCAUCUGGAGGAGGAUCCCGCGACGGCGGCGGCGGCCGUGCACGAGCGCGUGCAGCCCCGCGGCGGCGAGAAGGGCAUGUCCGAGGCGUACCGCGCCAUCGCCGACAUGGCGGCGCGGCUCGGGAUCGCGGCGGGCCCGCGGGACCGCGCGGUGGAGGUGUUCCUGAGGAUGGAGGAGCGCAAGGGCAAGGGGCACCACUAUUACACCAAGGGCGCCGGGCGGAGCGGCGACGCGCUGUACGCGGCGUGCCUCUACGUUGCGUGCCGCCGCGCGGGCGCGCCCCGGACGUUCAAGGAGCUGGCGGCGGCGACGCGCGACGGGCCCGCGGCGAGGAAGGACAUCGGCAAGCUCAUCGUGCUCAUCCGGAAGCGCCUCGGGGACGAGGCCGGCGGGGAGGCCAUGAUGGACAUCGGCGUCGUGCGCGCGGCGGACUACGUGGAGCGCUUCGGCUCGCUGCUGGGAAUGGGGGAGGACGAGGUGCGCGCCGUGCAGGAGGCCGCGCGGAGGAUGCAAGACCAGCUCGACGUGCGCCGCAACCCGGACUCCACCGCCGCCGCCAUCAUCUACAUGGCCAUGGAGCGCCGGGCCGGCGCCGGGAGGUCCAUCCGGGACGUGUCCGCGGCCACCGGCGUCGCCGAGAACACCAUCAAGCAGGCGUACAGGGAGCUCUGCCCGCACGCCGACAUGCUGUUCCGAUGA